AAAAUGUCCAGAUGGAUUUGACUGUCUUAAAACGGGAAGAAACCCAAACUAUGGCUACACCAGCUUUGACACCUUUGGGUGGGCCUUUCUCUCACUGUUUCGUCUGAUGACGCAAGACUACUGGGAGAACCUCUAUCAUCAGACGCUUCGGUCAGCAGGAAAGACCUACAUGGUGUUCUUUGUGGUGGUCAUCUUCCUGGGCUCAUUCUACCUGAUCAACCUGAUCCUGGCUGUGGUGGCCAUGGCGUAUGAGGAGCAGAACCAGGCCACCAUCGCCGAGGCGUGCCAGAAGGAGCGAGAGUUCCAGCAGGCGAUGGAGAGACUGAAGAAAGAGCAACAGAAAACCCUGGACUCAGACUCACUGGCGUCACCGGACCUAUCACCUCUCGGCCCGCCGUUAGACAGCUCAGAGGAGCGGAGGCGGAGCCAAGCGCUGAUGGGUGUGGCUGACGUGGAGGGUAACCUAUCAGAGGAGAAGCUGCUGCAGGUGGACCUGUUGGACGGGGGAAAGCCCCUCCAUCCUCUCCUCGCUCGCUCCUUCUCCACGAGGACUCGGCGAAGCAGUCAGGUGUCGUCCAUCUUUAACUUCCGUUUGAGGAGCCGGGGGUCGGAAGGGGAGAUGGCCGAUGAUGAAUUCAGUGUUCCUGGUGACGUAGUGGAAGGUGUCGGUGGCCGGACGUACAGCGGGGGAACGUUCAGCGGAAUCCUGGCCAACCCUUGGCCCAAACGGAGACCGAGCACCUUCAGCAAUGCCAGCAGGAACUCCCAGGUGUUUUACCCAACGCUCAACAUCAACGGGAAGCUGUUCGUUUCCGUGGACCAGAACGGGGUUUCCCCCCCACCGCUGCAGGGGCAGCUGCCAGCGUGCACCAUGGAGAAGGUCAAGGAGGAGAGCGUCCCCACGUCCUCCACGGAGCUCAGCACCAUGCUCCUUCCUCGACCUUCGUCCACCCAGGGCUCCGAGCGGAGGGGGAGGGCCCUGAGCGCCGCCAGCUACCUGACGGACGCCAUGGAAG